AUGUCCUGGUUCAAAAAGAAAAAAGUGAAUCCCGAGGACGGGGACUUUCCUCAUGUUCCCAAACACUACCGGGAACACGAAAGGAAAACACAAUUGACACAGCCAAUCAAGCCCGCGCCUGUGUUGCGUUGGAACGGGGAUGGAACAGUUGUAUGGGGGAUUGAUGUGGGCCCUCGGGUCACGGCUGUUGCAAUAGAUCAGAGUGUGGAAGUCCACAACAUUGUGUACUGGCCCAAGGUCUUUCCCCUCCGUCAAUCAACUGCACCAGGAGAACCUUUGCCUGAAGUCAAGGAGAAGAAAAGCUACAAAAUACGAGAAGUACACGAAGUAACCGAGUUUGUGUCACAUCCUGCAUGGUCAUCUGAGAAAACAACCAAUUAUGUACAUGUUAUUGGUGCGACAAAUUCUCCUUCCGCUUUUCAGGUCCGGACCGAACUUCCAUUUAUCGAGGUUCCAAAUGAACGGUAUAAGUAUGUUGACCUAGUGGAGCAUCUACUCAAGCACGCGCUCUCUGUCUAUGGGGCUGUCGUAAAACCAGGGCAACCGCAAUGGUCUCGUGGAUCAGAUGUGGUAGUAUCGUUGCCCAGUGGGAUCUCCAGGUCGGCUGAAAUAUCGGUGACCGAUGCUUUGAACCACAUGAUUCAAGACAUCAUGCCGAAGGUUAUUGGAGAUACACACGUAUACUACGUACCGCGACCUGACCUCCGACUAUUCGAAGAUGAUACAUGGAGGAACAUUGACACAAGUUUCCAGCCCAAUGAUACUUUUAUGGUCGUAGAUUGGGAUCUGACCUCGGGGGACAUGAUAUGUGCAUCCUUCAUGGCAAGGUGCUUACCCAGCGGGCAGAUUGCCUUUGAUUCCCAGCAACGUUCCUAUCUACAAUCGACCCCCGCAACCCGGAAACGUGACUCGUCUACUGAUGAGCAAGAGGGAACCCGCUUUGCAAACGCACUUCACUGGGCUGCCGAACACAAGCACAACGUCAAGGCCGGUGUUCGCCUAGCGGAUACAACAGAGACCGGUGCUUUUGGCGCAGUAAUGUGGCGAAUCGCGCAUGCUAUCGCGUCGGGUGAUCCUUCCAACGGAGAUAACUUUCAACUGGUCCGGGAUGCGAUGGUUUUACCUCUAACAAGAGCUAGUGAGAGUGGCCUACAGCCUUUAGAAUCGAAGUCAGGAGAGAAAUCGCCCACAUCUCCAGCUGCUUACUCAGACCAAAAUGCAAAAUCAAUCUCAACAACGGAGCCCUCAGCUACUUUUGUAUCUACUUCCCCACCUUCGCCUCCUCCCGCUAUACAUUCCGUUACUUCAGCCACUCACAACAGCUACCUAUCUACUGGUCAGGUUGAAAUAAUACCCCAUACUCCGGACACGAUUGCAGGCACUUCGACUAUACCUGAUUCUUUGGACGAUGAGGCACCCGCUUCCGCCGUACCUCCUCCGGCAUAUACCGACAAUGGCGGGGAUACCCCACGUACACAACCUCCUGAAAAAGGAAGAAGAUAG